ACAAACAAACAAUGAAUGAGAAUCGUUACAAUAUAAUUUAUAGCCCUACAAAUCAAACAACCGAAUCUAAUGUUUGUCGUCGAGUUAAUAAUAAUCACAAUUGUAAUGAUGUUGAUGAUGGUGGUAUUAUUUCACCGGCACCAUUAUGGCGUAAUGCACCUACAAUAAUUUCACCUUCUGUUAUUGCUGCUGCUGCUGCUGCUCAUCAUCAUAGACAAAUGUCACCAAAACCUGCGCAGAAUCAGCAACAACAACAAAAUUCAAAAACAAAAAUGACGAUGAUGAUGCCACGAUAUUCACCAUCAUCAUCAUCAUCAGCAUUACAGCCUACUGAUAUGAAAUCCUUUCAGCAAAGUUUACGUUCAUAUCCGAUUGCGUCAACAUCAUCAUCAUCAUCAAAUGUUGGUGGUGGUAAACAAUCAAUGAUGAAAUCAUCAAAAAUUCCAAAUAAAUCAAAUGAACGAUGUUUUGUUACCAGUUUAGAAGUGGAUAAAAAAUUGGAUCCAAUCAGUCCAUUUUAUUUAGAUUAUUUGGAAUGGAAUAAUCAACAACAAAAAGAAUGUUUGAUAAAUGUUAAUGAAACACAGCAACAGCAGCCUCAGCAGCAACAGCAACAAUUUGAUCAUAGUAAAUUCAUGGACAUGUUUCGUAUGAGUCGUUCAAAUGUAAACUCGAAUAAAGAUAUGGAUACACAUCCGAUAUCAUCAUCUUGUGGAUCAUAUGCUGGUACAGAUAGUCUACCAUAUUCAGUUAAUGAUGAUAGCCAAAGUGAUGUUACAAUCGAAGAUUUAGCUAUUAAUGUAAAACCUAUUAAACGAAAACCAAAUAUUGUUGUACAAAUGCGAUCGAAUUUACGUCGAAAACAAUCACUUGAUUCUAAUAAUAAUGUUAAACAGGUACGAAUUAGUCAGCCAACAACACCACCAUCAUCAUCAUCAACAACGACGGCGACGAUGACGACGGUUCAAAUGGCAAAAUGUCAUCCACAAUCAAAUCUUCGUAAUUCAUCAUCAUGUUCGGAAAAUCUAUCAACACGUUUUCAACAACAACAGACGAAUCAUCGUUUUCGAUUAGCUACAAACAUGGAGAAUCGAUCGAAUGUAAAUCAACGAUUACAAAGUGCUGCUGAACGUCGUGCACAGAUUGAUGAUGCCCGUAGAGAAAGAGCUCAACGUCAAUUAGAACAAAGUUCAAUGAGAAAUAUUAUACAUGGUGGUGGUGGUGGAAAUGAUUUUAUACCAACUCGUAUGACUACAUCAGCUUCAUUUGGUUCAUCCACACGUGGUGGUGGUGGUUUUAAUGAACAGCCAUUUAUACCUGGACAUAGUACAAAUUCAUCAGUAGCAUUUGGUAGUACACAACCAAGAAAUAUUGAUCUUACACGUCCAUUAGUUACACCAUUACCGGCAAGGCCUAAAUCUGAAAUAUUUCCAUCUGGACCUUCAUUCGAAUUAUCAUCAUCAACGACUAUGGCUACGACAUCUAGUGGUGGCCAUGGAAUCACACAAAAAGAUUCGUCAGCAAUGUAUGCAAAAGAUGAUAGUAAUUAUCACUCGAAACGAGUUACGGCUACUGUAGCAGCUGUCGAUAUGACGCCUCAUUGUCUCGCUCCAAUGCAGCCAACACAACCAGUAGCUACAAUAGAACCGGUCAUUAUGGCCAAACAACAACAAUCAUUACAGGCACCAUUGUUUAGUGCAAGUUCAUUUAUGCGUGCUGCACGACGUCAUGAUCCGGAAUUGAUUCCGGCAAAACAAAAAUAUUUAUUCCGUGAAUAUGGUUCACCAUCAUCAUCUGGAACAUCGUGGGGAGGAUUCCGUAAAGAGAAUAGCAUCAUGACAUGUUCGAUGACAUCGACAAAAUCUUUUCAAUCAAAACAUCCAAUGACAGGUGUUACGGGCGGCAGUAGUGCUUUAGGUAGUCGGCCCAAAAAAUCCUAUAGCAUGAAUCGGCUUGAUCAAUUGGCACAACCAAGAAAACGUGUCCAACCUAGAGUUCCAAUGUCAACUUCAUUUGUCAAAGGUAAAGCUUCCGAAAGUGGUGGUGCUAGAUCAACAACUCCCACUUCGACAAAUAAUAGAUCAACAACUUCAGCUGGUAGCAGUUCAAAACCAACGCCACCACCGAAAACAUUUACCACAUCAUCAUCAUCGUCGAAUUUGAGUGGUAGUGCUAAAAGUACAUCAAAAGGAUCGUCAUCGGCAGGUAAAGAUUCAGCAUCAGCAACGACACGAUCAAAUAAGAAACCACGUCCUCUAAGUCAACAAAUUGACACGAUGAAAUUAGAUUCUUCGUCGCCUGUAUUUGAAUCUCCAUUGACAAGUGGAGGUAAUGAAUCAAAAGACGAAAAUGAUGAUAAAUUGGCUGAAUAUAAAAAACAAUUAGCUGAAAAGCGUGCUCAAUAUCGAAAGAUGCAGGAACAAAAAUUGAAUCAAUUAACAAAAUCAAUGACAAAAUCAUCAAAUGAUAUGACAGCCACCGAUGGAAAAAGUGAUUCGAAUGAUGAUAAAACUAAAAUGGAUGCACAUAGUGGCAGCAAUAAACCGGCUGUUGUAACACGUCGUCCACGAUCGACGAUUAUAUCAUCAGCAGCAACAUCAAGUCCACAAUCGUCACCAAGCAUUGAAAAUCGAUCGUUGGCUGAUGAAAUUGCUGCAGAAAAACAACAACAACAACAACUACCAAAUCAGGCAGCUUCAGUAGUUCCCGCGGUUAUUAUACCAGAAAAAUCUGUUGAUAAUAAAUCAAAAGAAGAAACCAAUAUAUCAUCAUCAACUUCGUCUUCAUCGUCAUCAUCGUCGUCGUCGUCUUCAAGUGAUUCGUCUUCAUUAGAUCAAGACACUUCUAUUGAUACAACAACGACAAUGGUUCAACAACAAGGACCAAAAAUCGAUGGUGAUGAACCACAAUCAUUGUUGAUUGAUAUUUCAUCCAAUACAGAUCGAUCGAUUUCUGAAUUGGAACAAUCAGUCAAACAAAUGUCAAUCAAAGAAGAAUCACCAUCAAUGAAAACUUGUGAUGAUUCGGUGAUUCAAACCGGUGGUGCCAUUGAUAAAAAUCUAUUACAGCCUAAUAUUAUGACAACAUCGUUUGAUUCAUCAUUGAUGCAUUCUACAUCACCGGCUGGUAUGGCACAACAGCCACAACAGCAAAUAUUAUCAACAACAAAUACAAUAUUAACACCAGAAAAAAUUGAAGAAAGACAAAAUGAAAUGCUUAAACAACAUGAAAUGGAACGGAUGAAACGUAAAUCGAGAAUUCAAGAGAUUCUAAAAGGACGAACACGUAAAGAUGAUUCUGGAAGCAAAAGUCCAAUCAAUAAUAAUAAUAAUAAUAAAAAUAAUGAAAACGAUGAUUCAACAUCGGCAACAGGAUCAUCGAUUGAAUCACAACAUGGUCAUGGUCAAACACAAUCAUCGGAUUCAAGCCUUGAAACAACAACAUCAUCAUUGAAACCAAUCCUAAAUGGCAGUAAUAAUAAUAAUAAUAAUAAUAAUAGUGAUAAUAAUAAUACAAAAACCAAUGGCCAUACAAAUGGACAUUAUGAUGAUAAUUUAUUGGCAUAUUCCAUUUCUAAAACAAAUGGUAAUGUUAUUAAUCAUCAUUCACAAACCGAACAACAACAACAACAACAGGAUUCAGAAGCUGCUGCUGCUGCUAAUGGUUUCUAAUAAUAUAAACAAGAUGAAAAUAUUCACAAAAAAAAAAUUCAAAUUUGGCUCUUGUUUCCUUUUCUCGAUUCAUACAUCAAUUCUUUAGGUCAUCAUCAUCAUUAUCAUCAUCACUAUAUUAUCAUGAAUUGAUUAUCGUUGAUAUGAUAUACAAAAAGUACACACACACACACACACAUCACUAACAAGAUCAAGAUUCCUUUCCAUUCAACAACAUGAAACAAAACAAAACAAAAAAUGAAAUCAUUACACUAAUAUUUCAAUAGAAUUUGUGUUUGCAUGAUUCAAGAUUUUUUUUUUAAAUUUUUUUUCUCAUCAAGAAUUUUAUUCAUUUUUUUUCCUCUACAUGACGGCAAAAAUAUUUCAAUUUUAUUGUUUUUAAACUGAAUUCUGAAUUCUAUCCGUUGAUUAUCAAAUCAAACAAUUAUUAUUUACCACCACACAAAGAGAUAGAAAUACAAGUACAAAUUUUCUUUUAUUUUUUAUGCUUUUAAGACUGAUAUGGAUACACAAACACA